AUGUUGCUGAUACUACUUUUCUCUGUUUUGCUGUGUCAGGAUUCUCGAUUUCGCCUGCGUUUUCUUGACAUGAUGUUGAACAAGGAGGUUCGCCAGAUAAUUACGGCCAAAGCUAAUGUCACUGACUACAUCCGCACUUUCCUGAAGAAUAAAAAUUUCCUGGAGUUUGUGACGCCUAUCAUGAACAUGAAUGCUGGUGGUGCAGCUGCCAGACCCUUUGUGACACAUCACAAUGAUCUGAACAUGAAUCUUUACAUGCGUAUCGCACCUGAACUCUUUCUUAAGCAACUUGUUGUCGGUGGAUUUGACCGUGUUUUUGAGAUAGGAAAUCAAUUCAGGAAUGAGGGUAUUGACAUGACACACAAUCCGGAGUUCACCACUUGCGAGUUCUAUAUGGCUUAUGCAGACUACUAUGACUUGAUGGAAAUGACCGAGGAUAUGUUGAGUGGUAUGGUAAAGGAACUUACAGGUGGUUACAAAAUCAAGUAUCAUGCUAAUGGAUAUGAUAAGGAUCCAAUUGAAAUCGACUUCACCCCUCCAUUUAGGAGGAUUGAGAUGAUAGGGGAGUUAGAGAAGGUGGCUAACCUCAAUAUACCAAAAGACUUGGCUAGUGAAGAAGCUAACAAAUAUCUGGUUGAUGCAUGUGCGAGGCUUCAUGUCAUAUGCCCUCCUCCUUUGACAACAGCUCGUCUUUUGGAUACACUUGUUGGAGAAUUUCUUGAAGAAAUGUGUGUGAACCCAACUUUCAUCAUCAACCAUCCAGUGAUCAUGAGUCCCUUGGCAAAAUGGCACAGAUCGGACAAUGCUUUGACUGAAAGAUUUGAGCUUUUCAUCAACAAACAUGAAGUAAGUAAAAGCUGA